AUGCCACCCAAAAAGAAACCCCCCAAGAAGCCCAAGGUGAACAAGAAGGAUGCACCCAUCACCCCAGUGAUGGUGGAAGAUGCUUUGCUGGGUGUGGAACAGCUCAAUCACCUGAAUAGUUUGUAUGACAGCAGCUCCAACAGCUUCCACUGCACAGCCACAGAGGUUGAGGCACCAGAGCAUGGAGCGACACUCCUGGAGGGGGUGAACCAGAUGAGACACACACAGUUCCUCUGUGAUCUUACCAUUGCCACCAAAACCAAGUCCUUUGAGGUGCACAAACUCAUCCUGGCAUCCUGCAGUGAGUACAUCCAUGGGCUGCUGCAGAGAGACCCUCAGCUGCGCCGCGUGGAGCUCCGUGAUGUGUCCCCCUUGGGCUUGGCCACCGUCAUCACCUUUGCCUACACGGGGACACUGAGCCUCUCCCUCUACACCAUUGGCAGCACCAUUGCUGCAGCCACACAGCUGCAGGUGCCAGCACUGCUGGGCCUGUGCAGUGACUUCCUGGUGAGGGAAAUGGCUGUGGAGAACUGUGUCUACAUCGCCAACAUCUCAGCUACUUACGGCCUCAACCAGGUGAAGGAUGCCACGAGAAAAUUCAUCCGGGAGAACUUCCUGGAGUUCUCCAAGACUGAGCAGUUCAUGAAGCUUCCCUUUGACCAGGUUAACGAGCUGCUGAUGGAUGAUGGCCUGCAGAUCCCCAAUGAGGUUGCAGCCUUCCAGGUCGCUGUCAAGUGGUUGGAGUUUGAUCCCAAGAGGGUCAGGUAUGCUGCUGAGCUCCUCAGCAACAUCAGGUUUGGCACCAUCUCAGCUCCAGACUUGGUCAACCACGUGCAACCUGUGCCAUGCAUGAUGCAAGAUCCUCAGUGCCACAAGCUCCUCGUGGAUGCUAUGAAUUACCACCUGCUUCCCCACCAGCAGAACAGCCUCCAGUCUCGGAGAACCAGGAUCAGGGGAGGCCAAAGGGUACUGGUCACAGUUGGAGGUCGUCCAGCUUUGUCUGAGAAGGCUCUGAGCAGGGAAAUCAGCUACAGGGAUGCAGAGGGAAACUGGAACAAGCUGACGGAGAUGCCAGCAAAGAGUUUUAACCAGUGUGUGGUGGUGAUGGAUGGAUUUAUCUACAUUGCUGGUGGGGAAGACCAGAAUGAUGCCAGGAACCAGGCUAAGCAUGCUGUCAGCAGCCUGAGCAGGUAUGACCCCAGGUUCAACACCUGGCUGCACCUUGCCAGCAUGGAGCACAGGAGAUCUCACUUCAGCCUGAGUGCCUGCAACGGGCUCCUCUACGCCGUGGGAGGACGCAAUGCCCAGGGCUCCUUGGCAUCAGUCGAGUGCUACGUGCCCACCACCAACACCUGGCACAGCAAGACAGGCCUGGAGACACCUCGUUGCUGCCAUGCCACCACCAUCAUCGAUGGCAACCUCCUGGUCACUGGUGGCUACAUCAGCCAUGCCUACUCCCGCACCGUGCACUGCUACGAGCCCAGCACCGACUCCUGGAGGGAGCUGGCAAGGCUCAGCACCCCCAGGGGCUUCUUCACUGUGGCUGGCAAAGCCUAUGUGCUGGGAGGGAGCCAGUUGGGUCCUCAGGGCGAGCGCGUGGACGUGGUGCCCGUGGAGUGUUACAGCUCACUCACGGGGCAGUGGAGCCACGUGGCACCUCUGCCCACUGGGGUGAGCACGGCCGGGGUGGCACUGCUGGAGGGGUGUCUGUGCCUGGUGGGUGGCUGGAACGAGGGUGGGAAGAGGUAUGAGAAGUGUGUGCAGUGCUACAAUCCUGACCUCAAUGAGUGGAGUGAGGGUGAGGAGCUCCCCGAGGCCGUCGUGGGGGUGUCGUGCUGCACCAUCACCCUCCCACGUUCCCUCAGCGUGGGCUCCAGGGCCAGCUCAGCGGCCUCUGCAGUAGCCAACACAUAA